CCGUCUCUUCCUCCAACCUUCAUCCCACGAUUUCAUGAUGAAGUCGCUGUUCGACGGAUGCAGUAUCGAAGGCUAGGGCAAACCGAUAUGAUCGUCUCAAAGAUUAGCUUUGGAUCUGCACCUAUCGGUGGCAUGUUUGGAAAUGUCGAAGAUUCUAUAACGCAAAUAGUUGAAACCGCUUUGCGAAACGAUCCUGACGAAAGUUCCACGGAAAGCUUACUACAUUUGCACAAAGGUAAGGACAUAGUAGCACACCUACUCCAAAAUUCCGCCUUUCAUUUUUCGGUGGGACGCUUCGAACUAGAUUUUGCAAGGAAUUUUGACUAUCGAGCUGACGAGGUCUUGGAGUCACUGGUGAACAGUCUGAAGCGACUUCGAUUGACAUACAUAGAUGUGUGCUUCAUUCAAAUUCACGACGCUGAUUUCGAAUCGCAGCGAAAUAUAAUUUUGUACGAGACUUUGCAAGCCCUCGAAAUGGCUCGAAGUUCUGGCAAGAUACGGUAUAUCGGUCUUGCUGGAUAUGGAUUAAGAAGGCUAGCUUCACUUAUUGAUUGCUCUUCUGUCAGAAUUGAUGUUGUGCAAACCUAUAGUCACGGUUCUAUGAAUGAUAACUCAGUUGGCGAAUUCACUUUUAUGCUUCAAAAUAAGGGUAUUGGUAUUCUUAAUGGAUCUCCUCUAUCAAUGGGCCUUUUGACGGAUCAAGGCCCACCUCCAUGGCAUCCAGCCCCAGAUUUUAUCAAAGAAACUUGUCUGGCUGCUACCCACUAUUGCAUGGUAUGCAUUUCAAAAAACAUGUCGAUCUCAAAGCUAGCUCUGGCGUACGCCUUCCAAGUGCCAGGGAUGAGUUCUUGUAUAGUUGGUAUGGAUAGCGUACAGCAGGUUGGUGUUCGCGAAAUUGAACUGGAAAAAUAG